CUAUCUAUUGGAAAGUGUCUACCGGAAUGUACGUUUGAUCGGUUUUUAACGAGCCUUUUCUCUCAUAUAAACGCUACCUGCCUUACAAGAUAAAUGACAUUCCUCCUCCCACUCCUAGAGCCCUUCCUAUUUACCUCCCUGUGCGACUUGUAACCUUGUGAACCCACCCUCAUUACUCUCCGACAAUGCCCGCAGCUUCCCGCAGACCAGAACACUAUAAUGUGCUUGGUCUCGUCGUCGACGCUACAGACGAAGACAUCAGAGCUGCGUACAAAAAGCUGGCCCUUCAGUGGCAUCCCGACCGCCAUCAGAUCGGGAAAGAACACGCAGCGCAGAUGUUUGUUGAAGUCAACGCUGCUUACCAUUCCUUGAUGGAUGGCACAGAAAGCGUGGAUCCUUCCUGUGGAGACAGUGUCUCACCAUUCUCUACACCCACCGAGAGUGACACGGCCAGAACCUAUUCCGCGGAGCCACGACCCCAGGCCAACGCGCAGCCAUCCCAUCGUACAACGUCGUCAGGCUCACAGAAGAAUGAACAGACACCCAAUCUGUUCUCCACUUCUGUUCCUGGCUCUGAUGCCGAGAAACUUUCUCAGUCUCGUUCGUCAGACGACAACACCGCUCAUUAUGCCUCGCACGACCACCACUCCAAUCCUAAGAACUACUCUUGUAGCACAGGCAGUAACGGCUCUCGUUCUCGCUCCCGAACAAAAUCAUACGAUAACUUACGUGAUUUACCACGACCAUCUGCGCAUGAUCAAGCGCCGUCCUCCGCCAGCCGCUCUCACAGUAGUCGCACGAGCAACGUUCCCCACUCAAAGUCACAUGACAAUUUGCGUGAUUCUUCACGCUCGCGCGAGCCGCAAUCAGGACAAACGCCUCCUUCGGUCCCACGUGACCCGAAGUCGGAGACUUCGAACCGGUCUAAAAACAACCAGGGGGCUGGACCUACCUCUACAUAUUCCAAAGGCCGCCCACGCGAUGCGAAGCCAUUGCGAAGUCAAACAGGACAUUUCUCGCAGCCCGUGAUUCCACCGACGUCAUCCAAGCUACAUAAAUUUUCUCGGCGUGGACUGGGAGAGGAGCUGCUUCAUAAGCUUUCCAAGGGGUCUUCAAAGUUUAAAAAAGAAGGGGGCUCAACAUACUCAGACAACGCUCCCACGUAUGGCUCCCCAUUGCGACCCCUUGGUGCGCCUCGAGGCACAUCCAAAGAGUGGCUGUUUCCUCUUCCGCUGACACUCGACGAGAUGUAUUAUGGGACCACUUACCAGUUUCUCAUCACACGGGAGCUAUUAUCCCGCAAAACGGAGCAAGUCGAGAUCUAUAUCGAUGUGCCUCCAGGUAUUCGAAGCGGAACUAGGAUCAUCUGUCCCCGCACAGGUCAUCAGCGCAAGGACGGGACUCUUCAGGACGUAAUUUUCUUGAUCGAACAGGUACCUCAUGGUGGUAUCACUAGGAUGAAAGACGACCUGUUCAUGGACAUUUGUGUGCCAUGGGUGGAGACUCUCGCCGAGCGAGGUGCCAAUAUUUGUGUAGACGGCAUGGAUGGGGAAGAGAUUAUCUUCGCACUGCCCUAUCCAAUCUAUGACAAGUCAACCGAAGGACAAUUGCUAGUCAAAGGAGCAGGCAUGCCGAUUCGGGAAGGUCGAAAGACAGUGGGACGCGGUGAUUUGAUUGUCAGAUGGCAGGUGGUAUUCUCGCACCCUAGCAAAUGGGAGAACUUUAAGAAAGCUCUGCGUAUGAAGGCGUAAUCAAUUGGGAAGGACAUUAUGAUUGCGAUGAACAUCUUAUGAGAAUAUGUAUAUUGUGUUGAACGCACGACGGCGUUAUAUGUCGAUCAUUGGGAGGCAAGGCAUCAGGAUACCCAACUAACCAUGUACAGUACAGUAUUCACUAAGUAUGCCAUGGACAUUAUCAUUGCGGAAUAUAUCACUCACUACAUUA